AACUCGACUCGUUUAAUUCCGGUUUUGUUUGAUGUGGCGAUUAGAAUAGCGUUCUAACUGACUAGAGGAAAACUGAUAGAAAUUCAUCUUCUUUUUCAUCUUCUUUGGAGCAAAUCAAAAGGUGAAAAUGCCACCUGGGCAAGUCAAACAUUCACCUGGCGCUAAGAUAGUGAAGGAAGGAUGGCUUUACAAGCGAGGUGAAUACAUAAAGAACUGGCGUCCACGCUAUUUUCAACUUUGGGAUGAUGGAAACUUUCUUGGCUACAAGGACAAAACAAAAACAGAUGAAGAACCACUAAAUAAAUUCACAGUUCAAAACUGUCAAAUUGUGAGCACUGAAAGGCCAAAGCCACACUCAUUCUUUGUCAGGUGUUAUCAAUGGACUACUAUUGUGGAAAGACUCUUUCAUGUUGAUACAAAUAAUGAAAGGGAGGAUUGGCUACAAUGCAUUAAAAACGUUUCAGAAAAAAUUCUGGAAAAAGCAAAGUCUUUACCUGAUCAAGCUCAUGCAACUGCUGGCAAGAAAAUGACAUUAGAAGACUUCACUAUCUUGAAAGUUCUUGGAAAAGGUACAUUUGGAAAGGUAAUGCUUGCAAAGCAAAAAGCCACAAAUGAACUAUUUGCUCUCAAAGUUUUAAAGAAAGAAGUCAUAGUGGCAAAGGAUGAAGUUUUUCACACGUUGACUGAAAACAGAGUUUUACAACUGUGCAAACAUCCAUUUUUGACGGAACUUCGUUUCUCUUUUCAAACACGAGACAGAUUGGUGUUUGUUAUGGAAUAUGUUAAUGGUGGCGAGUUAUUCUUCCAUCUCUCGAAAGAGCGUGUGUUCCCUGAGGAAAGAAGUAAAUUUUAUGCGUCAGAAAUCAUUUUAGCUGUGGAAUAUCUUCAUGAACAGAAUGUCGUGUACAGGGAUUUGAAGUUGGAGAAUUUGUUGCUUGACUCGGAAGGUCACAUAAAGAUUACAGAUUUUGGUUUGUGUAAAGAAGAAAUCUCAUUCGGAGCUACCACAAAAACGUUUUGUGGUACACCAGAGUAUCUAGCUCCCGAGGUAUUAGAAGACAAUGAUUAUGGUCGUUCCGUUGAUUGGUGGGGUGUUGGAAUUGUUAUGUAUGAAAUGAUGUGCGGACGUUUACCUUUUUAUAGUCGUGACCACGAAGUCUUGUUUGAGCUUAUUCUUACCGAAGACGUAAAGUUCCCUCAGCGAUUGACUGAUCUUGCUAAGUCUGUAUUGGGUGGUUUGUUGGAAAAAAAUCCAAAACAACGAUUGGGUGGUGAUGUCUCUGAUGCUAAUCAAAUCAAAAAACAUCCAUUUUUUCGUGACGUCAAUUGGACAGAUGUUCUUAACAAGAAGAUCAAACCACCGUACAUUCCAACGAUCAAAGAUUCAGAAGACACUUCUUAUUUUGAUCGUGAAUUUACAGAUCAACCUGCUCAACUUACUCCACCUGAUGCUGAUGGUGUCCUCGAUGGCAUUCCUGAAGAAGCUGACGCACAAUUUAAUAAGUUUGAGUUCGUGACGGACGAGCAACCAAAGUCGAAGUAGGUGAUACGUCAAAUGUUCAAUGCAAUGCAUCAAUACAUUUUACAUGAGCUCAACGUUUUGGCAAAACAUUGUAUUUGUGUUGCAGAAACUUUAAUACCACUAAUACAGAUAGGUUUAGUAUUAAAAAACAAAAGACCUUCUCGUAUAUUUGUUAACCCUUCUCGUAUUUUUGUUUGUCUUAUUCUCUUACUUAAACUAAAUUUGCUUGAAAAUCUGUAUUUUUUGUAAAUUAUUUGCAAUUCUUUCUUGUUGUUUAAUGUGAUAAUAACUUGACUAAUAAAUGAAUACAUGCAAAGUA